CGAAAACAAACAUAAGAUUCACCUUUCUGAUCGUGAAAUUAAUACCAUGCGCACUGUUAUCGUAGCAGUAUUGUUUACCAAAGAUAAUUGAAUUUAAUCAGUCAGCCAAUGAACUUUAACUGUUCCCACGCUUCUUGUUUUUACAUUAGAUCGUAGACAGUCGACGCGGUUUGUACCCGAACAUAAUAAUGUUUGGGUCACUCGAAAGGUGAACUGUAGAAAUCAGCUCUAAGCAUGAAAAAUCGCGUGUUUAACCCUUUAACUCCCAGAAGUGAUUAAAAUGUAACGUCUCCCUACAAUAUCCAUACACUAUCCGGUAAACAAGUGAUACGCAUACUCAAACUUGUCAAGCAUAAGCUGUCAACUUGAUCUAAUAUUAAAUUCUUGUAACUUGUUUAGAAGAAAAUAUUGAACAGCUAGAGGAGAGAAUUAACGAUCAAGUCUUGGGGGGUAAAGGGUCAAAGCAAUUAUCUUAUCAAUAAUAUUUGGAAUACUUCACUAAAAAAAAAAAGAAAAGAAACAACUGGAAAAAACAAAAAAUUAACACCUUCUUCAGACUUUUCAGAUAAGUGCUCCCUUUCGAUUCAGAUAAUAAGCAAACACCAGUGUCUGUGACAGAUAUUUAUGAAAAUCGCCUGAUGUACAUCACGUGGACUGUCACAAGGCAGAAAGAAAAAGAAUAUUGAAACGGGUUCGAAAGACGUGUCAAGUUUCACAGACUAGCUUCCUAGAAUACCGUUCCACUGUACAAAUAUUGGUCUCGUUAAAGCAACAUUUCGAAUAGAUUCUGCGCCUGGAGAAGACUAAUCCUCACCUUAUCCGGCAAAAAACUGCAUCUGAGAUCAGAGGCCAUCGCUUUAUCUGCUUGUCAGCAAUGUCUUCAUCAAAUUUUUUGAGGCGAGCGAGGAAACGGCCAGCUCCGGAGAACUUCGAUACCCACCAAGAGGAAAUCAAAAGGAUCGCUCCAUCAACACGGACAAACAAACCAACUUAUUCGCACAGAUGUAAGCCCAAUACAACAUCUCGAGUUUUAACGCCAGUUCCCUCAACAUCAUGGAGUUGGGACACAGAAAGUCAAUCGGAAUUUCCGCGCAGAGAUACAAGUGCAUAUUACAUGGAAUUUUCAAGAUCAAUGCAGGCACACGAUGGAGAUAGAUACCAAAUACAAGGAAAAAGUCCUUCGUAUGACUACACAAACAGGGAAUCGUCACAUACUGGAAGAAACCAGCCACACCAAGCGCGUGCACAGCCGCCCGCACACCGAUAUCUCACACCGAAGCGCGCAGGCUACAAAGCUGCCGCAAAAAGAACACAUCCUUCUGAUCCAUCCAACAAGCAGUUCUCUCGCAUGACAAAAGAAACAACAAAACAUAAGCUUACACAACCUGCCGUAGCUGAAGGAGUCGAGAUUAUUUACACAAAAAACGUAUUCGAAGCUGAGACCUGGUUGAGAAAACACAUCACAGAUUGUUCAGCUUCAGCCGUUGGCUUCGACAUCGAGUGGAAGCCUCAGUUCGUAAGCAAGAAGCGUGGAGGCACCGAGAACAAGACUGCAGUUCUUCAACUGGGAGUCGACACAUCCUGCCUAGUCCUACACAUUCAUCACAUGAGUAAAUUGCCAAAUCUGCUUGUCUCAAUUCUAAAAGACGCCACAGUCUUGAAAGUCGGUAGUGGUAUAAAGCAAGAUAUGUCUAAGCUCAGAAGAGAUCGAGGCUUGGUGUGCCAUGGAAUCGUCGAUACACAAGACGUGGCAAAGUCUCUCGAUCCCUCAUCUACGCAAAAAGUAGGAUUAAAGGCAUUGGCGGAACGUUUCCUUGGUAUCACACUCACGAAGAGCAAGCGGGUGUCAACAAGCAACUGGGAAAACUUCCCGCUGACCUUGAAGCAGAUCGAAUACGCUGCUCUGGAUGCUUGGAUCGGAUUAAAAGUCUUCAACGCAAUUGAGCAAAGUAAGAGCUCAUAAGUUCUGACAUUAUUGAUGAAGCAAAAAGUCUACCAUGCACACGAGCAGAAAAAGACAACAUAAACCACUCAAAAAAGACUUGUGACCCAUAGAGCACGGUGACUGUUUCGACAUGUCGUUCAUUUUGUGUUUCUUAUCUUCAGAUGCUGAAGUGAUGCUUUGCAAAGUUAGCUUUCUUUAACAUCCCGUUCUUCCCAUAACAAUAACUGUUUCAGUGUGAUUAAGUUACAUCAGUAUUGUACAGUGUAUCCUCAAAUUAAGAGUUAAGGGUCGUAUGCUUAUUUCACUGCGUAUCCUGUUGUAAGAAUUAUAAGAACAUUAAUAUUUUGAACAAUCGAAUUGAAAUAGUCGAAAUCGAAAGGCAAUAAUCGAAAUUGAAUCGAAUCGCAAGGAAUAUGGAUUAUUACACCACAAGUUUCAUGUCUUAUUCAAGUUUUUCAUUUUGUUGGUCAUGCUGUUGUAAUGUAAUAAAUCCAUGGUUUCCUAGAGUUACGGCGCUCAAUAAAAUUCGCAUUUGUAACGCGCCGAUCAUAUGUGAACUUGCAUAUGAUAAUAAACCAAGAUCAGUAUUUUACCUCUGAACAAAAUACUUCAGAACACAUUUUGAGAGAGAAGUGUUUUUUGACUGAUAGAAAAUAAAGAUGUGAGGCAGUGAAUUAAACGAGCUUUAUUUUAUCUCUGAAAAGCACAUGCUCAUUUUCGUCAGUUCAAGUGUUACUGAUCGAUCGAGCUGCCACUGUUUACAUAAGAUAGUUGAAUUUAAUCAGUCUGUCAAUAAACUUUAACCGCUCC